AUGAAGAAGAAAGUGUUGUUGAUGGGAAAGAGUGGAAGUGGUAAAACCUCCAUGCGUUCAAUCAUCUUUGCUAAUUAUAUUGCUCGUGAUACGAUGCGUCUUGGAGCUACCAUAGACGUGGAACACAGUCACGUAAAAUUUCUUGGAAAUCUCGUAUUGAAUUUGUGGGAUUGUGGAGGACAAGAGGCAUUCAUGGAAACUUAUUUAGAAUCACAAAGAGAUCACAUUUUCCGUCAUGUGGAAGUAUUAAUUUAUGUUUUUGACAUUGAGAGUAAGGAAUUGACAAAAGACUUGGCAUACUAUCAUGACUGUUUGGAAGCCAUCAUGCAAAAUUCCAAGAACGCUAAAAUAUUUUGUCUAAUUCACAAAAUGGAUCUGGUUCCUGAGGAGCAACGUGACAAAAUUUUCCGUAAAAAGGAGCAAGAAUUGAAACAGCUAUCUGCUCCAAUGAAGAUCACAUGUUUCCGUACUUCAAUUUGGGAUGAGACGCUCUACAAGGCAUGGAGUACAAUUGUCUAUAGUUUAAUUCCAAACAUUCAGAGCAUUGAGGCUAAUUUAGAUAACUUUACCAAGAUUUGUGGAGCUGAUGAAGUAGUUUUGUUUGAAAGAGCAACAUUCCUUGUCAUUUCACAUAGCACGAGCAAUGAGCAUCCAGAUGUACACCGUUUUGAAAAAAUUUCUAACAUUAUUAAGCAAUUCAAAUUGAGUUGCUCCAAAGCACAAUCUCAAUUCCAAAGCAUGGAAGUGAAGAAUUCUCAAUUCUCUGCCUACAUUGAAGGAUUUACACCAAACACCUAUAUCAUGGUGAUUUUAAGUGAUACUUCCAUUCAAAGCGAAGCUGUUCAUAUGAAUAUCAGAGUAGCAAAGAAACACUUUGAAAAGUAUCUCAAAAUAUCUACAACAAGUGAAGGAGGAACAGGAGGUGUCUAUGAUCCAUCCUCGAAUGUGUUAUAA